CUGUGGUCUCGGUGGCACUGCAUGCAGCGCCGGCGAGCUGUGCCGUAUUGCGCCUCGAGCGACCAUAAGCUGCUAACAGUAACGAGAGGUUAAUUGCAUGCUUUGGAAAGCCUGCCUUUCUAUUCCCUGGAGGGUUCUGAAGCUUUUUAAACUAUUACACAGAACUCGACAAGAAGUCUUCAAAAAUGACACCAGAGCCCUUGAAGCUGCAAGGCAAAAGAUAAAUGAAGAAUUUAGAAAUAACCAAGAUGAGACAUCUGAAGAGAAGAUAAAAGAGCUUCUGAAAAUAGCUUCAGAUGUUGAAGUGAUUCUCAGAACUUCUGUUAUUCAGGCAGUUCAUACAGAUUCUGACAAAAUACUGCUGAUACCCAGGAAAGAUCUGCUACAAGACAACGUUCCUUACAUUGAUAAACCAACAAAAGCACAGGAAUCCUGAGGAUAAUAUGCUCCUCUCCCUAUAAGAUUAAUGUCCUGUAAUGAGAUCUCUGAAAACCAGUAGCAGAUACAUGUUACAAAGUUAAAUUUUAAAAAAGUUAAAUAUCAUUACCAGGAAAACAGAAACUGAAACCAAGUCAUAGAUUUUACUGUGCAGUGAUCUCAUCAUGCAUGUCUUCUGUGGAAGACACUAACGCUUGCACAGAAUCUCAAGAGGCACAGUUCUCUUACAAAUACACUGCUGAACUGUGUUACUUCAGCCAGGAAAUGUUUUUGAUUAUGACAGCCAUCAGAGAUAAUUUCUUAACAAUCCAGAGUGUUUUGAAACUAAAUAUAGAUUAAAUACUGUCCUUAAUUCUGGUAAUAUUAAAGUUUGUUGUCAGUCAUAUGCUGCUUUGAAGUAAUGAAAAAACAACUUGUGUCAUCAUUAAAUAUGUGCUUUGCA